UCAUAUUUGCGCGCCGCGCUGCAGCAGCAGCGGUGGAGGACACAUCGAGCAUGGGACACCUGAGAGUUCUAUUUAUUCUGCUCGCCUCGUUAACCUGGCACCAUCUUUUAGGCGCUGCAGGUCACUCUCUGCCUGCUUGCCAAGACCAGCUGGAGUUUAGGUGCAGCGAUGGUUUCUGCAUCCAGAGACUGAGGGUGUGUGAUGGACACCCCGACUGUGAGGACGGAUCAGAUGAACAUAACUGUGGUCACCUGUGGUGUAAGAAGGAUGAAUUUGCCUGCAGGAGCAGCAGACGGUGUAUACCUACACGUUUCUUUUGCAACGGUGUGGACGACUGCGGUGACGGGAGUGAUGAAGCUUCCUGUCAGAACUGCACCACUGGUUUCUUCUCCUGUGGGCCGUCUGACGCCUGCCUGCCCAGACGCAAACUGUGUGACGGGCGGAUGGACUGCAAAGACGGGCGGGAUGAGACUCAGGAGAUGUGUGGUUUGGCUCGGCCGCGCUCACAGACCUCUUCCAUGUGUCCAGCAUCUCAGUUUCAGUGUAGAAAUGGGAAGUGCAUCAGCCAGAGCUGGAGGUGUGACCACUCAGCAGACUGCUCUGACGGCAGCGACGAGGACAACUGCGAUCAGGACGAGUGUCAGGUUAAUAAUGGAGGCUGUUCCCAUCGGUGUGUGGACAUGACGAUGGGUUUCUACUGCGACUGCCCCGAGAACAUGAGGCUGGUUGGCGACAGCCAGUGUGAGGAGGUUGACAUGUGCCUGGAGAGCGAUGUGUGUGACCAGCUGUGUGUUCACAUGAAUGGCAGCUUCAGCUGUGACUGCCACGAGGGUUACCAGAUGACUCCAACAACCAGAGAGUGCAAGGCCAAAGGGAACGAGGCCCAGCUGGUUUUCACCACUUCUAAAGAAAUACAAUGGAUAAACAUCACUGGCGCAGAGUCUGGGCAACUAACUUCACAUUUAUCAGGACUGGGGCCCGUGGCAGCCCUGGCCUCUGACCGCACACUGUACUGGGCCCAGCAAGGACGAGGAUCCAUAUACAGGAUCUCUAUGGACGGAAAGCUGCAGGAUGCUGCAUUGGUGCUGAAAGUUCAAGGUUCAGUGUCGGGUCUGGCUGUGGACUGGAUCCACCAGCUCCUCUACUGGACCAGUAUGGAGGUUGAUUCUGUUAACGUCGGCCUGCUGGAUGGCUCGGCACAGCGUCAGCUGGUCACAGGACUAGACAAGCCUUCUGCAGUGGCAGUGGAUCCUCUACAAGGGCUGCUCUUCUGGGCAGAGUGUGGCAGAUCUCCAAAAAUUGAGAGGGCGAGUUUGGAUGGCCUGGACAGGACGGCUCUGGUCAUUUCCUUAAUACACCGCCCUGUCGCCCUCUCUCUGGAUUUGCCUCGCCAGCUGCUGUACUGGGUUGAUCAGGGAAUGAGAAGCAUCUCCAGAGUAAAUUUAGAGGGCCGUCACCGUAAAACAGUGGUCGAGUCUAACGGUUAUCUGGACCGGCCCUUUGGACUGGCUGUGUUUGAGGGUUUUGUAUACUGGAGUGACGAAGUUACGCACUCUGUCUGCCGCGCUAACAAGCACAACGGCGUCCAUUUCCAAGUAUUGCUGAAGAAUGCCACCUCCCCAGGCGGUGUGGUCAUCAUUCAGCCCGUUCUACAACCAACUGGGAAAGCUGCAUGCGGACGUACCGGAACGGUGUGCCAGCACAAGUGUGUCGUCGACCUGACUUCUGAGACUCAAGGCUUCAUCUGCACCCCUUCAGAAACGGGAAAAAACAGAUCUCAAGAAAAACCUGCCAUUUCUCGCACUGUUCCUGCUUCAGCUUUAACUGAUCCUGCGUUUGCUGGAAUCCUUUCUCUUAUCAUGUUCCUCGGUUUGCUACUGGUGGGAAUGGCUUUGUGGUGGUGGAGAGAGGAGUUCCGGCCUUCCAGGACUCUGACUGUGCAGAGCUUCUCCCUCAAAGAGUCCCAGGACCCGCUCAUCCAGCCUGCACCCACGGGUCCAAACACAUGUCUCAUCAAGGAAACUCUGCUUAAGCUGGACGGUGAAUGAAGAAGGUGUGACACAGAUGGUCAGCUGACUGUGCUUUGUCCAGUGCUGUCUCGAUCCCCGCUACGACCUCACGGCUGACAUGAGAGCAAGACAACAAAACAAGUUCAUGACCCUGUCGUGUCCCAACUGCCUCAUGUAGUUAAGGUCACUGAAGAAAUGAUGUGUGAUGUGGUAAAUCUUAGUUCAGAUGAGGGGAAAGGUUUUCACACAGUCAUUUCUGUUGUACGUACCUUCAAUUUUGAAGGAAUAUUACUUUCAGCCCAAGUGGCCUCAGAUUACUUCUGGUUGUGGAUGAUGAUGAUGAUUCAUGUUCACUCUGACAGCUGUGAGCAUAAUUGAACAAGAAUACAUCUUAUUUAUUAUGCUUUGAAUAUCAGUACAAAUAAACUAGAAUUUUUCACCUUAUUUCAUUUUUCAUACCCUCUUAUCAUUCAUUUUGUUCGGAUUACCAGUUGUGUUACAGCUGAUCGUCUCUAAGACGAUCAGUGGAAAUAUCCUUUUCAAAUAGAGCUGAAACAAUUAGUUGAUUUCUCAGUUAGUUGAUCGACAGAAAAUUAAUCUGCAACUAUUUUCAUAAUUUCAAAAUGUCAUUUGCUGGUUCCAGCUUCUCAAAUGUGAUGAUUAUCUGCUUUUCUUUUUCUAUUAUGGUAGUAAACUCAAAUAUCAUUGAUUUUACACUGUUGAUAAGACAAAACAUUGAUUUUAGAGACAAAACAGUCGGUUCUUCAUUUUCUUAAGAAAAAUCUACGUUCAACUGGUAUGUUCAUGGCCUUCAGAAUUUAUUAGUUAGAGACUGUGUUCGGUCAGAGAGAUGUAUUAUUGCCUUGGGAAUGUAUUCUCCCCUUUGCUCAAUCAGCAAUCUGGAGUCUAAUUAUGACAGAAAAAUGGAGAGUAUCUGAGCUCUGGAUUAAAGCUCUUAAGCUUUCCACGGCUGAAAAAAGGCAACGUUUCAGGUCUAAAAUCAGAAUUUGCCUGAAAACCUGAAAAAUAAGGUUUUGACAGCUUUCAAUUCAAAGCUCGGAUAGUGUCCAUUUUUUUUACUGCCUUGUUUCUGUUAUCUUGCACCAAAACUAAAUAUACUGUAGGACAGCUUUGCACACAGCUACCUUUCUGCAAUAUGGAGUAUAUUAUCAAAAAAUUCAAGAGCUGGCUGUGAUGAUUAAUUGAUUCACAACUUCAUGGUGUCUUUUUGCAGUCAAAAAGUUAAUUUAAAAGUGGCCUUUUAAUGUUUGAUUGAAAGCAGUAGUAGGUUUGAUUCUCACAGAGGCCAUAUAUAAUAAACACAUGGAAUUGUGGUAUUGUGACCUACUUCUGAUAAACCUCAUCCAUCAAAGGAGGUUACAGUACAGACGUCUUCAUUGUUAACUCCAACAUGUCAUUCAGUAAUUGUUGCAAGAGACGUUCUACUCUUUUUUUUUUUUUUGAGUCUUUGAACGUUGAAAGGAUUGAGCUGGUAGUGAACCAUAGUUCAUAUUAGUAUUAAUAUAAUAUUAAUGCUAGAUAAUAAAUAGAGGAAUAAAGGUUGGCUUGUUCAAUGGUUACCGCUGUACGUUGUGUGUGUGUGUGUGUGUAUGUGUGUGUGUGUGUGUGUGUGUGUGUGUGUGUGUGUGUGUGUGUGUGUGUGUGUGUGUGUGUGUGUGUGUGUGUGUGUGUGAACAGUGUCAGCGGUUGCGGGUUAGCUGUUUUUAUGCUGUCUGGGAACUGGUGCUGCAAUGGGAACAAAUACGCGUUUUGUUUUGUUAAAUGGCUCCUGCUGACUUGUGCACAGAGCCUGCUUGUUAUAGGUGUGAAUGUUUGUUUGAUUGCUUUGUUUGAAUUCAGUAUUUUUGUGUUAUUUUUGUUUCAAGGAAAUCCUCUGUAGAUAUAAAAAUCCAUUGAGAAAUACUUCUAUAAGUGUGCUGAACCUGCUGAGCUUUGUGGUUGGUAUUUAUUUUAAGAGAGUUUUAUUUAUUUUCUGGUAGAAUUACAGUUAUUGCAUCACUGUAUUUGUACCACGGAUAAAACUGGCUGUAGAUUAAUUAAAUAAAGUUUUUUUUCUUUCUUA